GCAGUUUAAACGCUUUUGUGUAUUUACAUUCUUUACUUAACUGGGAGGUUGUUUUAAUUUAAUUAAGCAUUUAAAGUUAAGCUCAACUUGGGCGUGUGCGUAUUAAUGAAUUGCGUAUCCAUAAACAUCAUUUGAUUGCUUAUUAACAGCGUGGAAUUUGUCCUUGAAAGUAUUGAUAAACCGCCAUCCGCCAUCACAUUCACAUAAUUUCAUUGAAUGUUAAUAAAUUAUUAAGGUUUACUCAUCAAAUAUAUUGGGGAAAAUAGUUACUUUGAUUUUGUUGGGGAGUGCUGACGGGAAUGUGUGCCAUUAUCAUCCUAAGGCACAGUGAUGUCAGUUAACGUUAACGGAACGCUGGGAGCAACAGGGAUGACGAGCUUUAGCGGGGAAAGUGGACAACAGUCCCCUGUCCAAGGUCAGCAACAGCAACAACAAGACCAAGGACGACGACAACGACUUAAAGAGCUUGUGCGUCCCAUCUUUCAAGAGUCAUACUUUACGGCAGAGUAUUGUCUGUUGGGAGCAAUACAAAUUAAUCAGCCUAACAAAUUAAGUGGUCUAUACGCCAUUCCGUCAGCCCAGUCCCCAUUUCUGUGGCUGUGUGUACUGUUUGUUCAUAAUGGACCUUGGCAGGGAGGAGUAUUUAGGUUUGUAUUAAAAUUUCCAGACAGUUUUCCGGAUGCCAGCAGUCAGAACAAUCUUCCUGUAGUUCAGUUCACAGGAUCUUAUCCUAAAUGUCAUCCAUUAAUCAAUCCCUCACGGGGAACCUUCGACAUAAAACGCUACUAUAAAACGUACAAUCGCUCCAGUCACCACAUUUGGCAACUGUUGAAAUGUACGAGGAAAAUCUUUUACAAGUUGGAAAUUAUAGACAAAAUUCUAUACCCAAACAAAACAGCGGCCGAAUUGUAUCUCCAAUCCGAGGAACAAUUCCUUAGAAAGUGCGACCAAGAUGUACAAAACAGUAAAUCUAAAGUGUAUGAUGAGGAUAUGUACUCUAAGGACCCUAAUUAUAUUCGAUUUUCUAGAGAUUAUGCUAGAAUUGAUAAUGUAAAUGGUAGUAGUGAAGAUAACACGCUAAGUUCAGGCAUUGGAUUGUCCUUCAUGUCAACUCAUUCAUCAUUAUUUGAUUUAUGAACCCACCUCCUUACUUGUCCCACCUUAUACCUUUAAUACUUAAAGAGUAUUCAAAUGUGCCAAUUUAAAUAUGUACUACGUAAAAAUUUUAAACUAACUAUAAAUCGAGUUAUGUGUAGUGUAACUAACAAUAUAAUUAAUUAAGACCUUCAAGUCUUGGUUUUAACUUUAUUACAGAAGGGAAUGAAUAUAUUGAACAAUUCAAAUUUUAAUCAUUGAAUGUUUUAACUGAUAUUAACUAACAUUUAAUAUAAGUAUGGAUUUAAUGAUGUGGAAUUAUUAAAAUAAUAUUUCAAAGAAUUUUUUAAACACCGGAAAUUUAAGCGACCUGUGAUGUAUUUCAAUAAACGAAUGGAAAUUAA